AUGAUGGGCCGGGUAAGAAAUCAUGUCAGGAAAUUGUGUGUGGUGUUUCAAAAGGAUGUGUUUUUUGACGUAUUUCCUGAUUGUAUGCCACAUGUCACGUUUCUCGAUAUUGCAUACUUUCCAGAUUUAGCUGGAUGCGUUGAAAAAUUGGUCACAUGUUUUCGUUACGUUGAAGUGCUCAACUUAUAUUAUGUUCGCAAUAUUGACAAUGAGGUCGUCGAUGUACUAUUCUCGAACGAUUGUUUGAAACGUCUUCGUCAGUUACAUUUCAUAAGUAUGGAUGGAAAACCGAGCAAUUUUAUUCCAAAACUUUGUGAAUCCGAACGACCGUUGCAGCUGCUCAAUGUACCGUAUAGCUUUGAGCAAGUUUCAUCAGUAUUCUGA